AUGUCGUCAAUUGCCGCCAUGGCCUCCCGCCGGGCCUUUGCCCGUCAGUCUCUUUUCCGCGCCCCCGCGCGCCGUGCCUACAGCUCCAAGGUCGAGGAGGCUGGUCUCGACAAGGCUCCUAAGCGUGACCCCGAGCUCUACGUACGGACCUCCCUCUCUCGCUCUUCUGUUCUGCUCGGUGUCAUGUCUGGUGCUUUCCUGAUUGCUGGAUGGUACUUCGGCAAGAAGCCCACCUCCGUCACCUCCGAGAGCAACGUGCGCAUCCCUGACAGCUCCAUGCCCUGGGAACGUGAGGACGACGGCAAGGUCUACAAGUACCAGUAUCACCCUCACGGUGACAAGAGCCAGCCUCUGCGCAACGCCCCCAGCGCUCUGAACACCGUCAUUGUUCCCAACGUCACCCUCCCCGAGGACCUCCACGAGCGCUUCAACAAGUACGGCAAGGAGGAGUGGGACUACUAA